AUGAGUGAGUUACUCACCUUAAUACAAAGAGGAAACGAAUCCAUUGAUUUCAAACAACAGAGAAGUUGUUCAGCAAUUCCGGUGUAUUUCAGAUGUAAGAGUGCUCCAAUUCAGAUCGAAAUGACUCUUGGAGUAAUAGAUCGACCAUUUAAAGGAAGAUCUGGAAUGGAGAGGUUCAAUAUUUGGAGGGGUACCAAAUGUCAAACCUCUUGUUAUAUUGCAACAUUUUACGUGAUUAAAAAAAGUGAUGAUAUAUUCGACUGUCUGUACAUAAGUAAUGAUUAAUUUGACGCUCAAAGCCUUUUUAGUCCGCUCGCGAUCGGCUUACGUUUGUGUACUCAAUAACAAAAGCACUUGACAAUAAUGAAGUAUAAAAAAAAGUUCCGGCGGCCAAGUUCGCUGAUUGCUUUAUAUGCAAUUUCACCCUGUUCGUCAACCACGGAGAAGCAGAAGACAUUUCCCAUCAAGAUGUAGCUUAAUUAAGCGUUCUUAGACUAGUACUGACGUGUUUACAGGUGCCUGCAGUGUAUGAGACAUCAAUAUAGUAAACAGGAAAAAAAAAAGAUUAAUAAAAAUAAAGUGCCGCGGAAUGCGUAAUACCUUUUGACCGAACCAUUUACUGCGUCAGGCCUCUAUCAAAGUUCAAUUUUCUCGACUUGAGCUCGAUCUCUUUCUAUUCGAUUUGAUCUCAGGCUUGACGCCUUCUCAUUUUUCAACCACUAUCAUGAUUUUUGAAACUUUGUAAAUCCCUGCAAAUUCUUCAAAAAAACAUAUACUAGCUCCUUAAUUCAAAUGUGGCUUACAGUUCUAUUGAGAAUUGCAAUAUACAAAAUAUCAGUGACGCAGAUCGUUUGUUUGUAUUGGUAAUACUAAUACCGGAAAGAACAGUAAAAAAGUAGAAACAGAAUCAAAAAUUCAAAUAUGUGCCUGCCUUUGUUGGUCAGUGUACAUACGCAUUAAAUAAAGGGCGUGGUCAAUUCGAAAUGAACACAAUUCUAUAGUUUCGAUAAAGAUAAAAGAGUUAGCAAAGUUUAUCGAAUAAUCCUUAACUCUUGAAAACUUGCUACCUCUCAUGGCUAACUUGAAUAUAGCCAUACAUUUAUAAAUAGGAUAUCAGAUACAGGACUACAUGCGACUACUAAAACAUAUUUCAAGUAUUAAAUCUUAUACUAGAGCCCAAGUUCUUUGUUUUGAUUGCAAUUGAGAAAUUUCCAUUGUAAAGCUACAACAAUGAUAACUACACUUCUCUCGCCGAACCUUAUAAGACACUUUCUGCUUUUAAACAACAAAAUCCGCGGGAUCUUCUUAUGGAACUUAGAUGGCUAUCAACGAGCAAUAUCUUUAAUGACGUUUUGUUAUCUAAGCUAUGAUACUUUGACUGAUAUCUUAUUAGUAUUUGGCAUACCUUUUCAUCAACGACAACUGGUACGGCACUUCCAGUUUCGUUUCGAAUAAUUCACUCUGUCAAAACACUUGAAACGGGCACGUAAAGAAUCUUGGAAACAGUACCGUAGUCAAAACAAAUCACUAAUUCAUCUAACAUAGCUAUAUCGAAACUAUAAUACCAAGAAGACUAGACAGGGAAAAAAGAGAAAAAAAAGAAGACUAGACAGUCGUCAAAUAAAACAGUUUACGAACAUGAAACAUGAUUGAUAAAAUGUCAAGAGAUUCAGAGUAAAACUAAUCUGUGGAACUGCAGACCAGGGGACCUACGGAACCUAAAGAAAUGACUUUUUUAUUACAACUGCCUUUAGUUAAAGUGAUGAAAUAAUUAUUCACAAUCAAUUAUAACAUUCAUAGACUGUUCACAGUCCCCUUGUUUUCGAGCGCUCACUUUUAUUUCACUGGCAGCCAUUUUGUAAUUGGAUUCAAAUGUCAGUACCGAGAGAGCAGGCCACGGGGUUCCAACACCGUCCCCCGCGAUUUAAGUAGUUCAAGCUAGACCCGGUCAAGAUGGCCGCCUGUAUCGCUCGUUCUCGACGAUCCUAUGGAAAAAUAUAGGAUUUUGAACAGUGUUUAACACUUUAACAUUAAUCGAGAGUUCUGGUUCCGAACGGGAAGUCCACAUAGCGAAUUUCCGGCUUGUUGGUACGUAGCAAGGUAAUGAGUGGUAUAGAUUUAAACAAAGUAGCACAAAGCUGGGAGGAUGAGAGAAUGUAAAUGUGCUUGUGAAAAAUAGAUGAUAUUGAGCGAAUGGCUGGGUGGUAUCCGACAACCAGAGGGAUACGUGUGGGUGAGUCGCUUGUGUGAGUGUAUGUGAUGGUAUAAACACGUUGUAUCUCCUGGUUGAGGAGACCGAGAUUGUACGUAUCGUGGGAGGAACAUAUAGUACGUCGGAUUCUCAGGGCAAGGCUGAAUGGAAAAGCUGGUUUAGUGUAUAAGGGGUGACAUGAUGAGCGUAAAACUCGGUACUGAUGUUCGGCUGUAGGUUUAGUAUAAAAGUAGUGGAUAAGGGACCGAAUUUUCACUAAAAAUCGGUUAUAAACAAAACCAAGACACAGAGGUUAACUGAAAAAUCUUUACUUCAAAAGAAGGGAAAUUGAGAUUAAGCGAAAGCAAAAUCGUACUAAUUUUUUUCAGGCAAAACAUGAAAACGAGGUCGAAGCUCAGCUCAGCGAAAAACUGCCUAUCAAGCAAAAAUGUCAAUCUUUGUUUACUCGACUCUGUAGAAAGUAUUGCACAGGGUAUAAAAAUUCUAUAGAAAGCAACAGGUGGUUCUAAAGUAAACCCUAACUCUUUUGGUUCUUGAAUAACCUCCAUUCUAGUAACUAAUGAGUGGAACGUCUUUUAAAAAAAGAUAGGAAUGAGAGGAGCGAUCGCCUAGCAACACAUGUCUUCUUAUUUAGUGCUAAAAAUUAAUGACAUAUGUCCAGGAUCGAUCUUGUUAGCAAAAAUUUGCUAGCAAAUGUUUUUCGCAAUUGUCGCAAAAGAAAUAAUUGAGAAAAAAUUAUGUCGGAAAAUCACUUACAAAUGUCGCAAAAAGCGCGAGAAUAACAAGUGUAACAAAAUUCCACACUUAGAAAGAAAAGAAGCCAAGAAGGACCCCGAAAUGUCCGCAAAUAUCGCAAAAAUCGCAAACGUAACAAGGAUUUUUCAUGCUUGCUAAAAACACCGAUGACAAAUAUCGCAAAAAUAACAAAUGUAACAAAAUUCCAGACUUAGAAAGAAAAAAAAGACAAGAAGGGGCCCGAAAUGUCCGCAAAUAUCGCAAAAAUCGCAGAAGUAACAAGGAUAUUUCUUGUGAGCUAAAACACCCAUGACAAUAAAUAUCGCAAAAAUCGCAAAAAUAACAAAUCUUAGAAAAUUCCAGACUUAGAAAUAGAAGAAGCCAAGAAGAGCCCCAAAAUGUCCGCACAUAUCGCAAAAAUCGCAAAAGUAACAAGGAUUUUUCUUGUGAGCUAAAAACACCCAUGACAAAUAUCGCAAAAAUCGUAAAAAUAACAGAUGUAAUAUCAUUCAAGACUUAGAAGAAGAAGAAGCCAAGAAGGGCCCCGAUAUGUCCGCAAAAGUAACAAGGAUUUUUCAUGCUAGCUAAAAACACCCAUGACAAAUAUCGCAAAUAUCUCAAAAAUAACAAAUGUAACAAAAUUGCAGACUUGUAAAAAGAAGACGCCAAGAAGGGCCCCGAAAUGUUCGCAAUAUCGCAAAAAUCGCAAAAGUAGCAAGGAUUUUUCUUGUGAGCUAAAAAACCCAUGACAAAUAUCGCAAAAAUCGCAAAAAUAACAAAUGUAAUAACAUUCAAGACGUAGAAAGCAAAGAAACCAAGAAGGACCCCGAAAUGUCGGCAAAUUUCGCAAAAAUCGCAAAAGUAACAAGGAUUUUUCUUGUGAGCUAAAAACACCCAUGACAAAUAUCGCAAAUAUCGCAAAAAAUAACAAAUCUAACAAGAAUCAAGAAAAGAGGAGAAGCCAAGAAGGGCCCCGAAAUGUACUCAAAUGUGGCAAAAAAACGCAAAAGUAACAAGGAUUUUUCUUGGUAAUUAAAAAAACCUGGUAACAAAUAUAGCAGAAGCAAGAAAAAUAAAAUAAACUAAAUUGUAGACAAGGGCUACAGGCUACCUUUAGUGAACUUCAGUAAGAAAUGGAAUAAUACGUUUAUAGUGAGAACGAAUUUCAGGAGGUCGCAAAGAUUCUGUGUGUAUAGUGGAUUAAGAUCGGUCACUAGAAGUGACGGCAUGCGCCAUCGUUCUUUCAUCCUACUGUGUUUAAUCUAUACCUCUCGUUUCCUUCCAACGACUACUAACAAGCCGGAAGUCCGCGAUUCGAAGACUUUCUGUUUCGGAACCAGAGCUGUCCAUCAGCGAUACUACAGUCGACUCCCGAUAACUCGAACGUUCAAGAGAAAUCAAAAAAUCUCGAACGUUCGAACGUUUUUAAACAUCUGCAGGGUUCAGAGUUUUGUAGAGCAUCCUGCACACCGGAUUGCUUCGAGAUCCUGGACUCUGCAGCCACUAAGUACCAAGUGAAGCUUAAGGAAUCCAUGUUUAUAAAAUGGGAGAAGCCCGAUCUCAACCAGCAGGUGAAACACAUUAACCUGACUCUCUCCCUGUAAAGAACUAAGCGUCACUCAUUUAACUUUGUUUUAGUACGCAAUAUUGACAACGCAAUGUAACGAACUUUGUAAGAUCGCGCGCGCUUUAAAUUCAACGGCGAUUUCAAAAUAUGUAACACUGAAGAUGACGGAUGUACCGUCGAAACAUGUCUGGAAAAUUAAAGAAAGUUGUUAUGUUUAUACGACUAUCUAUAUUGUUGCUGCUAUCUAGACCUUUUGGAUACUCUAGAUUAUAAAUCAAAACGUAACGUAAGCAUUGCCAAAAUAGAGCAUUCGUUUUACUGUUUUGAGAAGUAAAGCUGUUUUACUUUAGAUUUUGUGGCUUAAUAACAUCAGCCUCCAGUAGUAUACUAUAUGCUCACAACACGUCAAUGGGAAAUUCAAAAUUCAAUGUUUGACCAGGGACGCCAGUAGACUGUUUUUUCCCCGACUUUUAAGGGCUUAAAACAUGGUUCGAGUCAUCGAGGGUAAAAUUAUAUAGAAAUGAUCUGAGGGGAAACAAAAACUACUUCGAGUUAGCGGAAGGUUCGCGUUAUCGAGGAUUCGAGUUACCGAGGGUAAAAUUACAGUAAAUUAAAGCAUGACGGAAAUCCAGGGGAAAUCGAUUUUGGUUCGAGUUGGCGCGAGAUUCGAGUUAUCAGGAGUCAACUGUAAACCGAAAUCGACAACGCGACGCGCCGUUCGGUCAUAAUUAAUUUGUGCUCCAAAAUAUUAUGAUUGUAAUUGUCGGUGGCUAAUGGUGGAUAUUUACUCCACUUCAGUGAAUCAUUGCCGGGGUAUUGGACAUCAGUGUUUUGGUCAAUUGACAGCUGUCCAAAAAGGGCAUCCGCUGACCAUUGUCACAUUACUGUAUCGCGAGCUCAGCUAUACAACUCAUUGAAACGACGCACUUUUUAAAAGUUAUCCGCUGAACAGUUUUUGGUUUUCAAUUGAUCUCGGGCUCAGGUACCUUUUUUUAAAGGUGGAGUUUAGUUUGCUUUCUGUUUAUGGCAAGGUUGAAUUACUUGAGAAAGACUUUUCUUAAAACAUUCCUAGAGAGCUUCGCUUUUGGCCUUUGGCUAAAUCUGUAUAUUAAUGACAAAACGGAAGAUUAAUCAACCCUCAUGACAUUUCCACUCUUUUAACACCGUUGAGAACUUCAUUGAAAGUUCACCAAAAUGUAAGAAUUUAAAUUCUACUGAGCACUUCUGAAAGAGCGAAACUAACCAUGGCUAAAGAUUUACACCCAAAAAUUGUUUGAAAUGAUGCAGCUUUUUUUAUAAUAUUGGAUUUGCAAGGAUAAUAAUGAUGGUAAAGAUGAUGAUGAUGAUGAUGAUGAUGAUGAUGAUGAUGAUGAUGAUGAUGAUGAUGAUGAUGAUGAUGAUGAUUGUGAAUGCCUUAAGAUCUCUGGCGUUAUGAAUCGAAUAUGAUACAUGAAUGCAAACUCCAAAAUUUAAAAUUCUCUAGUGACGAACCUUUCUUCCGUUUCGGUAGGUGAUCAACAAAGUAGCCUUCAUCUUGGUUUGCAUAGGCGUAUGUAUUAAACGUCACCCUGUCACAAACCACGCAUAUAAACGUCACGGAAAUUGAUCACUGUGAACAAAAAUUUUCACCCUAUAAGGAAAAUGUUAUAGUACCAAGCAUAAAUGGUCUAAUAUUGUGUUUGGUUCCCAGUGAGAAGGAGCUAGUGGGGAAAUUAAAAGAAUUAAUUGGCGAAUUAAACAGGUAUUUUGCUGCAGUAACGCCAGAAGAAGCCCGCAAAUUUGCCAGUUUUUUUCCACGUGUUAAACCAACAGAAAAUAAGGAAAAACCAUUCAUCUGUAGAGUCAAGAAAACUGAAGACAGUUUCUCACAAUAUGAAUCCUGA